UUAAACAUAUUUUCAGCAAAAGCUGAUUAUCUUGGCCACUUUUUGCUGAAGAAUGGACGAUCGACCUUUUCGUUAGUGUUCUAUGGAAGAAUCCUACAACGCCCGACGGGGCUGUUUGUUGUGAAAUCGCUGUUGUCGUUUUCUUGUUUUAUGUGAAAGAAUCAUUUGUUCGCCAUGAGUCGUCUGUGUAUGAGGACAUUCUUGGAGUCACCUCUCAGCUCUAAGUACCGGUUGCCGAUUUCCCCAAGCAGCGCGGUACAGAUCAGGGGCAAUACUUAUAUGUUUGGCUCGCAAACGCAAGUGUGGUCCAACGUGAAACAACAGUCUUUAGAUGAAGCAGCCUCCAAGGUUUGUCAAGCUUAAAAUUUCAAGAAUUCUGCUGAUGAGGACGUUUUGCACAUCCUUGCAACAAUUAUUCUCUUUUAUCGCGGAGAUACUUAAGAUUUAUUGAGUAUUUUGCCUCAAAAAUUUAGCAAUCUUUUCUCCAACCCUUUGUUUACACUGUGGCUGAACGUUUUUGUUUUUCUGACAUGAAUUUAAUUUUAAGUUUACUUGUUAUAUUAUAUCUUUUAGUCCUCUAUUCGACUUACUCCGUUUCAAAUGCUAUGGGCCGGUAGAUUUAAAGAUGGAACGCAUUUACUGGUAAGUUGAUCUUUGUUUCUAAAAAAAGUUAGUCAGUUAGUCGCAACAACGUGCAAUAUCAUGUUUCAUUCUGCCUUGCUGCUCUGUUUCCGUGACAAACUGUAUUUGGACAUUAUUUGGCUCGUAGCCGUAAAGGGAAAACGAAAAAGAGGAAUUUCAUUGGUAAACCGUGUAGCACUGUUUAUAGUACAUGUACAGUACGUAAUUUUUUCAAUUACGUUUGGAGAAGGAAAGCUGGUUAAAAAUUAACAUAUUGGCAAUUUGUAACAAAGUUAUUUUUGUGCCUAACUCUAUCAUAUUUGGGGUUUUUCCCUGCGGUUUACAAAUGGCUCACUGACGUAUUUACAGCUUCUGUAAACAAAGACCAACUUAAGCUUGACUUUGAGCAGGGACACCUGAUGAAGUUUUCCUCCUGAAUACACUGAAAACACUUUUCUCGAGAAAUGCAUUCUGAGCAGCUCUAUGAAAUUUGUGUAUGUUUGGUCAUUUUAGGGUAACUUGUGUCUUUUCAGUAUUAUUUCCUGAAAAUUUCAGAUGCAACUUAUUAAUGCUUUUUGUAGAUAAGAAUUUUUCUGAUUCCUCUCUCUAUCACAUUUUUAAAUCCUUUUUCUUCAAAAUAUGCCUUAACCUGAAGAAUUAAACUUUACAAAACUGUUGGAAUUUAUUUGAUAAGCUUGAAAAAUGAAACAUGAAUAGAGUGGCCAUCUAGACAUUUUUAGACCUCCUGAAGUUAUAGGUAAUGCUAGGCCAUAUUCACUUCUUUAAGCAGACGUUUUCAAAAAAAAUAGUCAUUGGGUGCCCCUAUUAGAGGCUGAUCACGUGAGCCAGACCGGCCCAUUUUGCACUAGUUUGCAAAGAUCUCUCAAAUGCUACAAAAAUCAACCCUCCAAUAUUUACACAACAACUAAGCCAGCCUACAUAACAACUGAACAUUUUUGUUCUCUAGAAGCUUCAGUGGCUGGGAUAAAUUGCCAUCUAAUUGUCACACAAGUGCCAAAGAUAUUUAUCUUAAUUUACAAUUGACGAGAGAGAGUAAUAACAAAGACAACUAUAUACUAUGAAUUCAAAAUUAAAGCAAAUGUGGGUAAAUAAAGGUGUCAUUUUCUUGGGUAAAAUUCUUUUCUUGGUUGCUCAAAGUUCAUUGAAUUCACUUUAUAAGGCUCACUUCAUAACACCCCCCCAAUCAAUGGAGCCCCAUACCCCCAUGCUCACUGUGACAUGUCGCUGUGCAGUGUGGCAGGUGCUUGGGGUCUUUCAAUCAAAUGUAGUGUGGUAGCUUAAUAAUUUUUCUUUUGUUUACUUUAAUUCUUUUCUGGAGGCCAGCAAGAAAAAGCAUUAACCCUUUAAACCCUAAGAUCAAAAUUUGACUUCUCAUUGUUGCCUCUACUCAUUUGCUACAGAAGUGGGGAGACAUUGAUAAAGUAUCAAGCAAAUUCAUCUUGUAUGAUCAUGUCCGUAAUUCUCAUGACCACUCUGUUUCACAAAGCAUUGCUAUUACAAGGAGAAAUUUGAUGUUGAUCACUCUUGGGGAUUAAAGGGUUAAAUUUCAAGCAUUAAUUUCAUUCCCAAGUUAUAUGAGUGACCAGGAGAUGUAUAUUCUAAAGACCAUGUAAUAUUUGGCCACAGUUUGUUAUUUCUGUUUUUUCAUAGAAAGUUGAACACUUGUGAUAAUUUCCUCUUUAAAUUUCAGAAGAGUGCUCAGUUUCUUAGGAAAGAAUUACCUAUUCGCAUUGCACGUCGAGUUGUUGACUUUCAAAAACUUCCCCAUAUUGUACUGUGUAAUCCAGUCAUCCAUGAUGUGGUAGGUAAAGUUACGAUGAAGUGAACUAAUGCAACACAUUUAAUGCAUAAAUUAAUUUUUUGAAUAACAGAGAAAAAAGCAUCCAUGAUCUAAAAUGCAUACAGUGUACACAUUGCACUGUCAUGGGCAUAGCAACUUGUAUGUACAAAAACACAUUUUCGUGUGAAAAAAUGUCAAAGAUUACUGAAAACAAAACAAAGAACAAGUAGAAGUGCUGGAAACACUUUCCACAGUCAGAUGUUAGUCUCAGGAUUUGCUGCCAUCAUAGUCUCUCCUCGACACUCCGUUGGAGAGACUAUACUGCCAUGCUUCAAAAGUACAUAUGUAGAUAAAGUAAAAACUGUUUAGUUGAAUAAUGAGGUUGACACUACAUAUGACUUGAUGCCUUAAUAAGAUAUUGAUGAAUACCUGUAUAUGACAUGUGACUUGAUGCCUUAAAUUGAUGAAUACUUGUUUUUGUUCUAAAUUGCAGUAUGAGUUGUACCUUAGAGCUUUCAGUGUGCUUAACAAAUUUCCCAAGGUUAGUGCAUAACAUGCAUGUUUUGAAUUAAUUAGCAGAACAGUAAUGUUGCUAUAUACUUAUUAUUUUUUUAAGUUUCUUGAUCAACUUGUGUUUACACAUCUAGGAUUUUGUCAGACAUAGGGCCGGCCAGUUUCACUGUUAAGUGGCAAUUUUAAUUUAGAUGAUUUGCAGCGUUUUCUGGGCCUUUCGCAACUUUUUUCGAGCAUUCACCUAAAAAAGCUCUCAGCAAGCUAGGGCUGAAUGGUUUUGAUCAGUACAAAAAAAAUUUAAAUGUCUUGGAUCCAUCUGAAUUGCUGAAUUCUUUGUAAUAUCAUGAUGGAAAAAAUAUCCGGAUCCUUUGUAAAAUUGAUCAGUAAAAUUUUACCCAUCAGUUGCCCUCAUCGGCCAAUCCCAGCAUUCACCUAAAACUCUGCAUAGUGGUGAAGUAGUACAAAAAUGUUUAAAUGUCUUGGAUCCUCUCUCUUGGAAAAGGGUCCUUUGUGUUGUUCAGUAGGAGACCCAUCAGUUGCCCUCAUCGGCCAAUCCUGAGAAUAUACCCUGCAAGGAAGUGGUUUAUCAUGUAGGAGAGCUUCAAUCACAUACCAUUCUAUUAUUCAAUAAUAAUAAUACAGAUAUAUCUACUCAGGAGAUAAGAUCACACUGAAAAUGUAACCACAAAGUUUACACUGUACAUGCAGUAGUAACUAAUAAGAAUUAUAUAGUAUUAAAAUAUUAUUAUUAUUAUUUUUGCUCUCAUCUGAAAUGCCUAUGUAAUCUGACUUUUAGGUGGAAACACUUGAAUUGGAGGAGAGAUACAAUCGUAUUAUCAGACAGCUCUUGGAUGACCAUCAGAAUGUUGUCACCAACCUUGCAGAGGGAUUCCAUGAAUGUCAGCGAAAUGUACCAGUAAGUUGAAGCCACUAUCAGUUCACACAUGACAGGUUGAUUUUAAGGUUAAUUUUCAUCUUGUUCAGAAUCGCUAAUGCAGUGUUGGUGACAAGUGGUCAAAUAACCUCUAAACAAGAGGGGAAGUUUUGAACCAUGCUUCUCCUGCCCCCAAAUAUAAUGAUUGUAAAAAUGGCAAUAUACACAGUCCUGUUUUCCAGUACACUUGCAAAUAGAGAGGAGAAGUGUGACGUCACGUUACCACUGUAGCAAAUUUCUAGAUCGCAACAAUAGGGAGCUUAAACAACAACGACAGCAAAGGCAAUGAGAACGGCAAAAAAGCAACAGGACAAGAUUAGCAAAACAACAACUUAGCAGGUGCAUCAUGCUUUUUUGUACAUUUCUUGGCCGUCAUUGCACGACUGCUACAUGAAACUUCCUAAUUUCGCUAACCCGCUUAAUGGAGUAGGUGAACACAGCACAGAAAAAGAUUCCUUAACUUAGAUAUUGUCCUUUAGAAUAUUACGCCAACAUUUGAAAAUUAGAUGAAACUGAAUAAGGUCGAUCUACACUGUAGGUUGAAACAGUGCAAUUUCAAUUUUUAAGUGACGUUUUUGGUUUGUUGUCAUCCAGAUAUUUUGCUACCAUGGCAAUGUGAUGUAAUGAGUUCUCUCUAUUACAGGCUUCCUUGACCAUUGAGUAUCAAAAUUAUAUGAACAUUUAGAUCUGUACCAGAUUCAUCUGCAUGAAGUGAUUUUGUUCCCUCCACGUCCUGCAUCCUUGAUGCAUAAAAAUGCCCAAAGAUGCAGAACAAUUCAUGACAUGGGUCCCAAAGGAUGCAAAAAUCAGUCAAUCAAUCUGAAGAUGUUUUUGUAGAAUAUCCUGUUCGUGUGAUUUCUGUGGCUGUUCUUGAGCCUAUUGUUUAACAGUGCAUAUUUCUUUUAGUCUUUGUUGUGUUUUACAAUAGAAGGAGUAUAUUUUUAUUUCAUUAAACUGUAAUACAGGGACUCAUUAGUUCUUCACCGGGACUCGCAAUUUUUCACAAGAUGAGUCCCAGGACUCACCAUAACUAAUUGUAACAAAAUCAUGGUGCAUGCUAUACACAUUGUGAAAGAAAAAGCUAGGAUAUGUAAUUUUUCCUUUUUUUGAUGGUUAUUUACUUAUUUCCUUUACUUUUUUGUUCCUAUUAAUUUUGUUUCCAGUAUGAAACAAUAGAUGCAUUUCUUAAUCGUACCCUGACAUCACGUCUUGGAAUCCGUAUGUUGGCAGAACAUCAUCUUGCUCUUAGCAUCGACAAGGUAAAGUUGUACUAUGCUUUCAUCCUCAGGAAAACUUCCAGUGCUGUGUAGUUGCACAAAAGUGAGUGUUAAGAAGAGGUUUUCUGUAGCAUAGAAAAAUUCAAGGUAGCAGAUCACAGACAAUGAGAGGGAAACAAUGUGUACAUGGGAGACUGUCUGUACAUAGUGGUUAUAACCUCACCCCUUGAUUAUUGUUUUGUCAUGCCUUGUCUAACUGGCCACUUUUUUGUUUACAUUUCAGCCAAACUACAUAGGGAUUGUGUGUACCCAUUUAAACUUUAGACAACUUGUUGAAAGAUGCAGUGACUUCGCAAGGUAUUAUUUCUUUUCAAGCCUCACAGUCCCUACUUGAAAUAUUUUUUGAUGACAAGAUCAGGAUAACGAAAAUGUUAAAAGUAAUCAUGAAUGAAAGUAUUAAGACACUCCUGCUCAGUAUCAAGUGGCUACUGAUGUUAUCCUUACACAUAACACAAGCAUACUGUGUGAACAGUUGGUUUAAGGAAAAGGGAAUCAUUCAAAUAUUCCUGUCACUUCUUAUAAUAAUAAUGUGUUGAUUAUCCAAAAUGUCACUUUAUCAUGUGGCUUUUAAUUACUGGUACCAGAAAACUCUUCUAUAUAGGGAGGUAUAUCACUACAAAAGUUCUUACUUCAAAACUUUGGCAAAAAAAGCAUUCACAAUAGGCGGCGAAUGUAACGUCAUAGUGCGUGAUAGCGAACCAAUCAGAUUGCUUGAAUCACCAAGAUCACUGAGAUAAAUCUAUAAUUAUAUUCUCUCCAACUAAUAAUUAAUAUAUUAUCAUUAUAAUAUGACAGCUAGUAUAUUAAAACCUUAGCGUAACUUAGUGUUUUUCAUUGCAGGCAAGUGUGUGAGCACACAUAUGGUAUAGCCCCAGGCCUUAUUGUCAAUGGUCAUACACAAGCAGUCUUUCCCUACAUUCCUGCACCAUUAGAGUACAUCCUUCAAGAACUUCUGAAGAAUGCUAUGAGGUACAGACUGCUCACCCAUCUGAGUAAAAGCAAUUUUAUUUAGUGUGUGUUACAUAGAAGCUGGUUAGGGUUCACUGUUUUUGUGGCCACCUUCCAACACCUCUCAAUCUGUGUACAGGUAUCCCAAUAGUGCACCUAAUCUUAAUUGACAAUAAAUCUACCCUGUUCCGGAUUCAAAAUGAAGUAAAAUAUACCCUUCUUCCAGAGAUAACGAGUGGUUUUGUAUACCCUGUUCCGAAGUCAGAGAGGGAAAAAGCAUGCCAUGUUGAGCGGCAAAAUAAUACCUAUACAGCCCAUAUAUGUGAGAACACCCACCUCACCCCCAAGGCCUUUGCACAUUUGUCAUAUUAGAUGGGCAAAAAAGUAUUUGCCUGACAGAAAAGUCUACUUGUCCCAGAUGAUCAGGUUGGACUUUUUUCGAACCUUGCCAUGGUUCUUUGACCACUCCCAAUACCCUUCACCCCUAAGCCCAAUGAAACUGAAAUAUCAAAAUCUCUAAUCCAUAUUGAAUGGAAAAAUCAUUUUAGUGAUGGACUUAAAACAUCAAAAUACAAUGGUACUGUUUGUUUCUUUAUAAUGAGAUAUCUGUUUGGUUUCAUAUCCAGAGCCAGUGUGGAGCAUCAUCUGGACAGACCUCUGGAAGUACCAAACAUUGUUGUUACACUAUGCAGUAAUGAUACAGACUUCUAUGUAAGGUAAAAAUACCAUCUUGUUGAUGUUGAUGACCACAAUAUUAUUCUUUUAUAACAAAUUGUAUUUCAUUUUCUGGAAAAAUUGCCCUGCGAGCAGAGAAAGGAAGAGCGAAGGAGAGCCUGCGAGCAGAGAAAGGAAGAGCGAAGGAGAGUCUGCUUACAGGGUAGGAAAAAUACAUGUCCCGGAGUUUUCUUAACCUCUAAUAUUUCCUCAUAAAAUGUGCUGAAAACAUAAGAGAUCUGCUUCCCCUUUGAAUAUGAGCGGUGAAGGAUUUGGUAUCAAAGGUUAGUUCUACUGUUUGAAAUUUCCUCAACCCAGUUGAUUUGCACUAUUGUAUUGGGGUAUACAUGGGCAUACACGUGGCCCAUUGAUUAGUCAUAAUAAUAUUUUGAUGAACAGUUGAGUGACUUAUUAAAACAACUACUGAAUGUUCUCAGGUUAAUAUUUCACGAGUUAUUUGCAGAAAUUUCUGACAGUGGUCAAGUCAACUGUCAACUUUACAACCACAUAAACCUUUGGACUUAAGUGACCCUACCAGUAGACAAUAAUUUUGUUAACAAAAUAACAAUUUUUGUUCCCCUCAGGGUUUCAGAUCGUGGAGGUGGUAUUCCCGAGUCCAAGCUCCAAGACAUAUUUAAGUAUUCCUACACCACCAUGGGUGAUCGCAGCACCAUAAGACCCUCUGAUGACACCAACAUCUUCUCUGAUUUAUGCAAAGGGCACCCAAACAAUUCUCCCAGCGGGGGGCCAAUGGCAGGCUGGGGAUUUGGACUGCCUACUUCACGAGCAUAUGCUACAUACCUCGGAGGCUCCCUCGAACUGCAAUCCUUGGAGGGCCUGGGCACUGAUGUUUAUUUGCGGCUGAGGCACAUUGAUGGAAAGAAAGAGAGCUUUCGAAUCUAAAUAAGAUACAUUAUAUAUCUUCAGUGAAUGUACAAUGUAUGUAGAAAUGUUAUCUAUAAGAUUUGUUGAAAGUUGCUUAUGUCAUUUAUGACACAAGCAACAACUUCAAAUCAAAGGAAGCUUGUGGGGACAGAUGAACACUAAUUUAGAGAUUUUAAUGAAAAUAUCGUAAAAGUGUUAUUACAGUUUUUCUGUUUAACUAAAACAAAGGUAAUAUAUAAUCGUGUCCUUUCCCGAUGUUGUCUUUUCUGUUCUUGGUUUGUUCGUUUUUUUGUAAAUAGUUCCUUGAAAGUACAGAAGUUAAAAGCAUAAAGUGAACUAAGAGAGGAUAAGUGGGAUAAAAACCUUUAAAAUCCUGUGUCCACAUUUCUCCAGAUGUUGUACCUUUGUAGUAAUCUAUAAUCUAGCACCACCCGAAAGAAUUACUCUGUAGUUUUCCUCUGUAUGGUUGUUGUACACACACAUCGGUACAUGCCUAGACUUGAUUUCAUCUCGAAUAAUCAGUUUAGCUAGCUCUAUUGAGCUACACUGAUGUAUCCACCUAGUGUAUGGAUUUACUUAACAGAGUAAGCAGUCUUGGUAUGUAAGAGAUCCAAGUUGCCAGCCCAAAACUCAAACUUCGCCGAAGUAUAUGUUAAGUAGUAAGAUUUGAAGCCGGUGUAAUUGUAGAAUGGUUUAAAUGUUUAUUUACAUGUACUGUAGGUUACAGCUUACGUACAGUGUAGUGGUUAUUAAUUUGUAAGUAAACAUGGUGUGAUAGUUUUCUUUUUUUAUGAGGGAGGGGGGUUUGCAAAGACAAGAGUGUUUGGGUGUGGUUCGCCAUAUUGUAUUUAUCGUUGUUAACAUUCUUAAAUAUAAAUUAAGAAAACGUUACUAUCAGGUAGUUAUUUUAUGUGAAAACAAGGCUUAUUAAGAUCAUUGAAGGUUGGAAAAUCAAAAUCGAAAGAUCCAAAUUCGAAAGUUAUUUUGAGAAAUAGGGUUAGUCCCUUAAAUUAUUUUAUUUUCAAUUUUCGCAGCAUUUACGAUAGAUCAAGCUACUUGAAUAUGUGCAUCGAAAAAAUUGUUGAUGUCUGCAUUACGUAUAUUGGGCAGAACGUUGUACAAGCAGACUGCAGGUUUAACGAGUGUAAAAUCACGCAGCCGACCUUAUAACGAUUAGUAUACUUGAUCUCAUAGCAAAUGAUUGUAUGUGUAAGCAAAUACGUAAUUAUUACAAAGUAAGUAACUGAAAUAUUCAUCAAUGUUAUUUCAUACUCAAAUUUUUAUGUGAAAGAAAAAUACGAAAGUGAUAGGUAAAUCAUACGAACAAUAUUUAAAGAAGUCUUUAAACUGCAUACGCAUAAUUUUUUUAACAAAAUAUUUAUCUCCUUUAUUGUUAAUUAUCUAAUCAUGAGGCAAUGCUGGUAAUAACG